AUGACUGAAGGUUACUCAACAAGGGAGGCCCUUUCAGUUCUGUAUGAUGAACUUACCGCAGAAGUGGAUAAGUAUGAGGAUGAAACUAAGCACAAGAAAUGGAGGAGUUACCUUUCUCUUUUCCAUCAUGCCCACAUAAAGUCUGCCUUUCACUGGACUAGUCUCUUGCUUCUGCUGGGCCUCUGCAUUGCACUCUUUGUUGCAUUCAUCAUCUCCAAUGUUAAUGAUGAAGAUGUGAGUGGGCGUGGAUGGUGGAUGGCUGAAGUUGUGGUUAUUCUAUUGACAGUAACCACAAACAUUUGCUUCAACAUCUGGAAUGGCAAGCAGGCACAUGAGGAACUUAUCUAUGUGACUCGGUUGUCCCUUAGCAAACUAGAAGAGUGUAUAGACAACAACACCUGGAACAACAGUAACUAUCCAACACUGCAUGCCCCCAUUUCUCCCUGUGUCUCUCUCCAAUGGACCAUCCGUGACAAGGAAGUUGUCAACCUACCAACCACUCUGCUUGUCCAAGGUGACAUUAUACUCCUUAGGCCAGGCCAGGAAGCUCCAGCAGAGUGUCGUGAGGUUGAGGAAUCCAAUGAGGGACAGGACACCUUUUUGAAGAUGGGGGAUGUGUACUCACCCCAGGGAGAGGAUUAUACAGAAGAAAUCAAGGGCCCUCAUGGCAAAUCUCCUCUCACUUCCAAGCAGUUCAUACUCCUGGAGACCCCUUUCAUUAAACACAUCAGGCUUAUUCUGGAGGACAGUACAAGGAGACCAGUUAGUAACACAGAGAAGGUGCGCUACAUCAUCUGCUCCAAGUGGCUAGAACACAGAAUCCUGCCAGUAGUCUUGAUUUUGGUAUUGAUUACCAAUGUUUUGCGCUUGGUGUAUCUCAAAGGUCACUCUGGACACUGGGCAGAAAUGAUCCUUGUCUUACCCAGUCACACACUGCUCCCAUUACUUCCCCUACUAUUUCCUCUGGCCUGGCGUCUCCUCAACUUCUAUGGACAGGCACGAGUCUUCACUGUAUUCAGUGUUGCCAAGGAUACAAAGGUGACUUGUGAGGACAGUUUUAGUACCAAUAGUACAAUAUCAGUGGAUGAAGCAAGAGUAGACAUGGACUGGACACUGGUGAGGGACUGGUUCUGGCUGGUUUUGUCAGGCCGUGCUCCUGCCCCUACACGACGGGUGAACAUCUCGCACAUUCUUGGCUCUGUUACCUCGUUGUGUUGUGUUGACAAAAAGGGUCUAUUGUCCUGGCCUAAUCCCAGUGCCGAGAAAGUCUUCUUUCUAUCCUCACAUGAUAAGGGCAAUCCAACUAUCGACAUUUCAUCCACAGACAACGACAAGAAAAAGGAGGGGAAUGAUACCAAACCUGCUCUUGUUAAAGCAUAUGAAUCUCCAAGCCAUGUAGAAGUACUAGACCUGACUCAUGACAGCAAGAAUGUGUUCGGCUUGCGCUUUGAUGAUCCAACAUGGAAGAACCACUUGAACUCCCUGAAACCACUGGGUCUUAACAUACUUUUGAAUACCUGUAACAUCAAGACUGUGGAGUGGUACACUCAGUUCACUGACCAUGUGGCAUCUGAGGCUCUGGAGAAUGAGGAGACUGUGGCUGUGGUUAACAGAAGGUGUCUCUGUGAAUUGGCCAGACAGAUUGGUUUCUCUGAUAAAGCUAUGGAUAUUUUCACUUUAGAGCGCAUCCUUGGAAUGUAUAAACAUGUGCAUCCUGAUGAGUCAGCCAAGGAAAGACUCCAUCGGGCCAAGUCUUUCAUACAACACAAGAUCCCAAUGCCCAAUUUGGUGUCUGUUGUGGUCAGGGAGAAAGCCUCAGGUUUAGGGCAGGUAUUAUCUCAGGGCACAGCUGACCUGCUGCUGGCAUGCUGUAGUGACUACUGGGAUGGGGAGGAUGUUAGUGUUCUCACCGAGAGUGACAGGAAGAAGAUUUUGGACUUUUACCACCGGACAAGCAUGGCCUCUUACUGUACAGCAUUCUCUUACCGUCCACUUACCCAACACAUUUCCCCUCACCUAGAUAACUUAUAUAUCCAACUAUCCCAUGGUGGAAAUGUUAUCUUCAAUUCCUGCAGUGAGACACAAAGGGAUUCGAAUACAGAUUCCAAUACGGACUUGGUGCACGAGACACGUUUGCUCAGUGACAGUUCUCGUGCAUUUAGUGUGGACUCCCUCUUUGACACAACAAGCAUCUCCUCCAUUGAGGAUAUUCCUGGUUGCUGUCAGGCUCAGAACAAUCAGAUAUUUAUAGGAAUGGUGUCCAUGCAAUACCAAGCCAGACAGGAAGUUGUGCAAUUGAUAGAAAAGCUAGAAGUAGCCUGCAUCAGAUUUGUUCACUUUUCUCAAGAAAAUGAAGUGAGAAGUAGAGUGUUUGCAGAGAAGAUGGGUCUAGAAGCUGGAUGGAAUUGUCACAUAUCUAUGUUAUCUGAUCCAGCCCUUAAGGGGGAAACUGCAGCCUCGUCUGCAGCUGAUCUGCCUCACCGCAUGUCUCGUUACUCUAGCAGAAACUCAUCUGACACUGUCGCAAAGGAUACAAACAUGGUGUCGUCAACCUACAAACAUUCCCAGGAUUCCAUGCACUCACGCUGUCAGAGUGCUCCAAGCAUUGUUAAUUUAAACUCCUCUCAGGUUAGGUUUGAGAUGACAACAGAUACAUCGAGUAGUGAACCACGGUCUCCCCGAGUAUAUAUAGGGGAGAGAACUCCAUUGACAACAGAUGGGGAAGAUGAGGAGGAAGUUCUUUUCACCAACACAGAACUUUCAAAGAGCUACAGUAGUCAGUGCAAUACCAAUCAGGACCUAGAUAAUAUCACAGACAUAGAGAGUCGUCAUGCCUCCAGUUACUUUACAGAGAAUACAGACAGUCUCACAGGGGCCCUGGACAACAGGGCAAAACUUCCUAGGGGAAUAGAAAACAUUCGACCUCAUUUACAGACAGUUGAUAAUGUCCCUCUUCUAGUCAACCUAUUCACAGACUGUACAACUCACACAACACAGGAGAUGAUGAAGAUCAUGCAGGAGUUUGGAGAGGUGGUUAUGUGUGUCGGCAGUUCAAACAACAUCAACAACACAGCCAUCUUCCUUCAAGCAGACUGUAGCCUGGCUCUAGAGCCUCUGUACCCCCAGGUUUGUGCAGUAGACUCUCUGAUGACAAAGCCAUGGAAGGAAGACCAACUGACCCCAAUGCAGCUAGCCAGUACCCUCAUUAGCAUUCCGUGCCCUCUGACUUUUAGGAAGGAGGACAACAUCAGUCUUAUCAAGCUUAUUGCAGAGGCACGGUCAUUCCUGAUGAGCAGCAGGAACUGUUUCUACCUAAUGCUGUGUUACCACCUGUCCUUGAGCUUGGUCCAGCUGCUGGGCAGUAUGGUCUUGCUGCCUCCUGUCCUUGCUUCACAACAUCUUCUCUGGAUCCUCUUUAUCGUCAUCCCCUUCCUGUCCUUAAGCAUGAUGGGAUUGCCUGUUGAUCCACGAGUCAUGAACAAUGCUACCACACACAACUCUGAGUAUAUCACCAAGGAUGUGGUGCAACAGUUCCUGUUAUAUUUUGUGACAAGAUUUGUGCCAGCAGGACUGGUGUGUCUCCUGUGUUACGGUCUCACUCUACACUCCUUCUGUGCUGGGGAUCACACACCCCAACCCUCCUGUGCAAUUUUUGCUUUUGGUGCCAACAGCAGUAGUCAACUAUGGUAUGACAAGUAUUCCGGGGGCCUGGUGCUGGCCCAAAAUGUCUUUACUUUUUAUCUCGUCUUUUACUUCGUUGUGAUCUCUGUGAGUUUUGUACAUUGGUCUGACCACAUCUGGCAACAGAACCCCCUGACCAAUCGUCUGUGGGUGUGUACCGUCUUGUUGCUGAUAUGUGGCCAGGUGGUGCUCUUCGUCUGUGAUAUGUCUAUAAGAGGGGCUGGUCAGCAUCGACUAAUGUCUCUUGGAAGUGUUCACCCAGCUGUGUGGGGAAUCGGUUUCAGCUUCCCUCUUGUCAUUCUUUUCAUCAACGAACUGGUUAAACGUCAUGAGGUUAAACUGUACUCUCGAUACCAGAAACGUACACGGCUCCACUUUGGCACAAAGCUUGGAAUGAAUUCACCAUUUUGAUAAGGAUGGUCAUCAUUUAUUAUAUUUAUAAAUGGGGCAGCACAGAAACUGACCAUAGCUGUGUAUGGAAAACAUUAUCGUGCUCCAGAUAUACCAGACCAAUGGUUGUGAAGAAAUCUGUAAACAUCAGUAAGAUCUAUUAGUUGUCAGCAGUCCAUCGCUGGGCAUUUAUUGGCUUUCAGCGGUCUGUUGCUAGAUAAGAGGAAUUAGAGGGGCAGAUUUGGUGAUCACAAAUUGGCUGCUUAAUUUUGUAUACCCAUCUACAAUUAUGACAUCCCCACUUUUAUGUUGUUGCUAUGUUGACUUGCCGAAAUUCAUAAUUUAUUCUCCCUGACAUCCUGAAAAUCAUGAUGUGCCAACAGUGACAUGUCUGAUAUGUCAUGAGUCAUUUUGAUAAAAAUCAAACUGGUAGGUGCUCUACUGACCUGUUGUUAACAGUUUCAUUUUACCGAGUUUUACUGUGGAAGGCCUUGGAAACCAGGGCUUACACCUUUACUUGUAAAAUAGCUGUCAUCUUACAGUUGUCUAAUCCUUUGCAUUCCCAUGUGUUAUUAUUAAAAGUACAUAUGCUAUAAUCUUUAAUAUACUAUAUAUAUAUUUUUUUGGUCUUUAGUCUCAAACUUUGUUUGCUGGUGAUAAGUCUGUCAAUACUUAGCAAAAUCCUGCGUCAUAUGGUUUUACAAUGGAGAAUCUAGCAGACUGCCUAUGCUUAUAUCAAACCCUUCUCUGAUAUUGUUUUCUGAGGACUAUCCACUGAGCUUCUCAUCAGGAAAGUGUGGUAAAAGUUUUUAUAUUUUUUAUUCACCAUUUAAUGGUAAUAUCUCUGGUAUACAGUAUACAUAGGCUUUAUUGUUUUAAUAUAAAAUCCUAAUGAUAAAAUAUUAUUUAAAUAUUUUUAUUUUAUAUUUUUGUAUGUCAAAGAGAUUAAUGACACAGCUGAUGGGUCACUGCCUUGUGUUGUUUAUACCUAUGUUAGUUAAUUGUUUCUACAUCAUUCUUGUGUAUAUUUGUAAUAUUUACGUUGUUUUAAUGUCAUUAUCAUCAGUACUACUGACUGCAAGAUGAUUGUGAAUAUUUUUACUACAAUCUUAGUUUGAGACUGCAGUCAACAUAUGGUAUCCUAAUAAUCAACUCAUUUUGUCAAAAAUUCUUUUAUUCAUUAUUAACCAAUAAAAUUUCAUUAAACCAACUACUACAGAUAAAAAAUCUCACUGGUCCGCAUACUACAGCCAAAAAUCUCACUCAAUCGCCUACUGCAGACAAAAAAUAUGACUGGUCCACAUACUACAGCCAGAAAUCUCUCUCAAUCGCUUACUGCAGACAAAAAACUCUCACUCGAAUGCCUACUGCAGACAAAAAAUCUCGCUCAACAUACAUUUUCAAUUUGUCACAAACCAAACUUUCAUCUAGCAUUCAUUAACAUUAUGUGUAAUCAUGUCAUAUCAAUUUCUUUGUGAGUCUUUUUCUUGUGAUUGAUUUAGCCCUUCAUGAGUACUGAUUUUUUAUAAGUGUCUAAUCAGCUACAUUGAACACAUGUGACAUGUUCUUUUUAAGUCACCAUACCUUAAUCAAAGUAAGAAAUCUUUAAAGUAUUGUAGUUGUGAUGUCACACCUGAAACCAAAACAAUCGCAACCUAUAAUCAAUCACAGCCGUGUUAGCUGUUACAUUAGGUACCUAUAGCCAAUCACAGCUCUCAUGUUGUCAGAGAACCAACUCAUGGACAAUGCCCGGCAACAGGCAGAGUCACAGAGAUGAUAAACCAUCAUCAUCAUCAUCUGCUAGGUGUAACAAUAGGAACCUGUAGCCAAUCACAGCUCUGCUAGAUCAAACAAUAGGAACCUGUAGCCAAUCAUAGCUCUGCGAGGUAUUACAUUAGGAACCUGUAGCCAAUCAUAGCUCUGCUAGGUAUUACAUUAGGAACCUGUAGGCAAUCACAGCUCUGCUAGAUUAAACAAUAGGAACCUGUAGCCAAUCAUAGCUCUGCUAGGUAUUACAUUAGGAACCUGUAGGUAAUCACAGCUCUGCUAGAUUAAACAAUAGGAACCUAUAGUCAAUCACAGCUCUGCUAGAUCAAACAAUAGGAACCUGUAGCCAAUCAUAGCUCUGCUAGGUAUUACAUUAGGAACCUGUAGGUAAUCACAGCUCUGCUAAGCAUUACAUCAGGAACUUAAGCCAAUCACAGCUGUAGCCAGUUAUGGCUCUAUAUAAUGAGUGUUUUGUCAUUGACAACAGGAAAUUUUAAGUGAUGAGAUUGUGUUGAAACCAAGAAAUAUUGAAUUUUGCAAUAAUUCACGAGAUUAACAUAAGCAUUACAGUGAACCCAGUAUUCAUGUAUACACACACCUUUAUACAGAUAUAAUAUAAAUAUGACAUUUCAAUCAAAUACAGACUUGAUUCCAAACUUUGCAUUUUAUUUAACUGAAAGGAAGGGUACCAAUUUAGACCAUCCUGCAUCUGUUUAGUGAUAAGCAUAAGUGAUAAGGGGUGGGAUGGUUCAAAUUGGCAACCUUCCUAUGUUCUUGUAAGGUGCACAUCAAUAGUGCCUAUUGCAGAAAAUAUAUUUACAGUUGAUUAUCCCCUUAUAUCAAAAUAUUUUUAUGAUUUUUCAUGUAGUAGCUGAAGUCAAAAGAAAUAUACUUGAGGAUAUUGUAUGAUGGUGUUAUAUUUCAUUGUCCUUAAUAUUGUCAAAAUAAAUGUCUUUUUUCCCCUUCUUUAUUAACAUACAUUAAUAUAUUUUAGGGAAAUUUAUGUUUUUCCCUACAAUCCACAAAAUGUGAGUUGACACUGCUUUGUUUAUUUUGAGUAAGUUUGUCAUUUUGUAAUUUAUACCACCGAUAUAUAUGUAUUCCUUUGUUAUUGUUAUGUUGGUGCUGUAUACUUUUGUUGUCAAAAGUAAAGGAGUUAUCUCCCCUGAUAGCAUGACUGAAGACUGUAACACUAACAACUGGAGAGAAAAAUAACAGGCACCGUCUAAUCUGUUUAUUCCUCAAUCCUAGUGUGAUUAUUGUAGGAUCUCCUUUCACCAUGGUAACAAUAUAUGUGAUGACAAAUUUGUAUCAUGUCCGAGUUAGAUUAGAUAGUAUGUCUGAGGCUACAGUAUUAAUGAUCAUAGUGUUACCAGCAUGUAUUUUUUAAUGCAGGAAAAUGCUGUUGUUUUAUCUCUGUUUAUGUAAAGGUGAAGCCAGAAUGUGAACAGACUUGUUUUAAAAAUAAAACUUGCAUUUAAUUUUUUUUUUUUUUUUAAUCAGGUAAGUCUUCUUCCAACAUAAAUGGCUAAAGCCCUGUUGAAUGUGUUAUGAUAUAAUGUAGUAAGUGGUGAAACUACUUACUUGUGCAAUACCAUAAUGCAUAAUGUGGUAUAUAUAUGAGUAGAUUAUUCAUGUGUGUUAUGCUAAUAUAAUACACAAGUGAAAAAUGUGAGUAAAUAAUACAGAUAUAUAAAUGAGCUAGGUAUGAGUUAGGUACAAAAGUGUGUCGUAUAAGUAGGUCAUAUACAUGUAUGUAAACUGGUUAAUGUGAGUCAAGUUGAUAAGUAUGUUAUGUAAGGUAAGUAUACAUGUGUGUAAAUUAAUUAAAUGUGAGUGGGGUUUAUAAGUAUGCCAUGUGAGUUAAAUGUAUGUGGGAAUGUUGUGUGAUAUGAGUGGGGUAUUUAUUCAAGAUAAGGUGACCACAGUAUAUUGAUGAUUGACUGCUGCAAUUAUGAGUACAGAAUUAAGGUGUAUGACAUGAUGGAUGUACAGGAAAUUUAGGCAUGUGUUGUGACGGAGGUACUGGAUAUGUAGGCAUGUGUCAUGAUGGAUAUACUCGGUAUGUAGGUAUGUGUCAUGAUGGACACACUAGGUAUGUAGGUAUGUGUCAUGAUGGAUAUACUCAGUAUGUAUGUGUCAUGAUGGAUACACUAGGUAUGUAGGUAU